UUCUCGGAAGAGACCGCCUCCCUCCCUGCCCACGACUCGUAAGCCAAGAGGCGGGGCUCUGCGUCGCGGCGGGCAGUCGCCGGAGCAUGGCGACUGCGGAUCCCAGCGGGUCCGGGGUGCGGACGUCUACCCCGGGACCCCGGCCCGGCGGGACCCCGGACUGCGCAGCGGGAGCUACGGGGCUGCCCUUCGGGCGAAGCGGCAGUGGAGUCCCCCGAUUGGGGGAGCGGCCCCCGGCGGUUGUGGAGAAGAGGGGACCGUACAUGGUGACGCGCGCGCCUUCCAUUCAGGCCAAGCUGCAGAAGCACCGGGACCUGGCCAAGGCUGUUCUACGGAGAAAAGGCAUGCUGGGGGCCUCGCCGAACCGCCCCGACUCUUCAGCGAAAAGGUCAGUGAAGUUUAACAAGGGCUAUACUGCCCUUAGUCAGAGUCCAGAUGAAAACCUGGUGUCCCUCGACUCUGACAGUGAUGGGGAGCUGGAAUCCAGAUACUCCUCCGGGUAUUCCUCUGCAGAGGUGAACCAGGAUGUGAGCCGGCAGCUGCUCCAGGAUGGGUAUCACCUGGAUGAGAUUCCAGAUGAUGAGGACUUGGACCUCAUUCCUCCCAAGCCUAUAGCCUCUUCAACGUGCUCCUGCUGCUGGUGCUGUCUUGGGGACUCUUCCUCCUGUACCCUCCAGUAGACAUAACCCCCUAAGAUGGGCCCUGCUCACCAUGCCUGCAGAGCCCUGUUGGCCCUUCUUAGGCCACAGUGCAGUUGGGGACUGCUGUCAGCCCCAGAAUCACUGGAGGCACUGACUCUCUGGGAAGGUCAAUGACCUGCAGUUACGCCUUACCUGGUGCUUCUCAGGCCAGAGGCCCCCAUGUGGGCCAUAGGGUGACAGGUGGAAUUCUGCAAUUUUCCUCUGCUAUUAGAGCAGAGUUUGGAAAAACCACUUUAAUAAGGGCAGGAGCAGAGGAAUUCUGAUGCUUGUGGUGACAAGAGUUGGCUAAGGAAAUCUUGCAGACAUCUUGACUGGUAUUUGUCCUGCUCAAUGGAGGGAGAAAGAGCUUUUGUGUCCGGGCUAUGCCGGACGGUGUUGUAUGGAAGCAGAAAAUGGCACUUUGUGGCUUGCAGCUGGGAGUCUUUGGAAACUAGCUGAACUAUUUGGGACCAGUUUAAGAAAUUCCAUAAUGUUCUGUCUUCCUGGCUCCACAGUGGGACCCUCAAGAAUGCAUAAAGCAGGGCCCUUUGGCUCUCUUCCCCUUGCACCUGUUUGGCUCUGGCAGGGAAUACAGCCUGCACAGCAGGAUCAAGGCUUCCAGAAUCCCUGGACCCAGAGCAUCCCCAACUGUCUCAAACUGGGUGGGUUUAGUGACUGUGGUCAGCCCACCCCUAGUUAGAAAAAAAUUGCUCCACUAUGUACAUAUUUAUUUAUUUGUCUUUCCUUGGCUACCAUUCUUUGCCUUGGUCUUAGCUAGUUCAACACCCAGUCUUUGAGUGUAAAGGUUGGGUGAAGGGACUGGAGUUCACCCCAGAAGCCUGCAGGUUUGGGUGACCAGCAGAGGGAGCUGCAGGGAGCGGUCAGGUGCCUUCCUACUUAGCUUUUGAAACUUGAGACCAGCAGUGGGUGAGAAGUGUACUGGCACAGCUGUGUGGGCUGUGCACCCUACACGUAAGGACGCCAGGAUGGGGAGGAGGGACGUGCGCCAGCUGCCAGGGCCCCUGCUGGAGGAGAUAAUUGCCCAAUGCAGAGGGCCUCCCUUCACGCCAGCAUGGGCCUCCCCGCAGAUACUGAGGAUUGGGCGUGACAGUAAACCUCUGGGGUAACCCAGCCUCAGCCCUCAGUGUGAACACAGCUGAGACAGGCCUAAUCUCCUCAGUGACUGUGCUAGUUCACCCCACCCCAGGUGGUAUCUCUUGCUCUACCGGUCCUCUCUAGAAUUGUUUUCAGUGGUUCCUUUUUUUUUGGCCUCACCUAGAGCCGUGGCGAGCACUGGAGGGGUGUGGACAUGGUUCCCAGUGUGAGGGGCGCGGUAGGUUAGGAUUGGGGUGUGGGGCCCCCUUGGGAAGUGCCUGAUCUGGUGAUUUAUUUGAUGUCCUGUGGCCUCUAGAGGAAUGAGGGAUGACAUGGACUCUUGUUUUACCACAUGAGGUGACUGAAAGGCUGAGGUCAGUUAAAAAGACCUUGUCAGAUGACGAGGGUCAUCUAUCAGUGCUUGAUUGGCGUCUGUCUUGGUGCUGUUGUCAAAUCAUAGAAAGUUAAGAAUAUAUGGCACCCAGGGGGCUGUGGUUAACAUUUUAUAAUCUAGUAGCAUCACAGGAGGGAGAGGGGACGGAGGCCACAGGCACCUCAGGUUGGGGCCUGGGGAAUCAGGGACACAGACUGUUCCAGGAGUGGGACUCUGCAGUGCCACACGGGUGCCUCACAUGCUGAGCACUUAGUGCCCGUGCCUGCAGGCAGGGAAGACAGAACAUCUUCAUCCCAAACCCCUUGCCCCUCCGCAGAGACUAUUUUCAGGCCUUUCUGGUUUCUGCAGAGGUGCCGAAGUGCACCUGAAGAGAGGGCACAGAUGCGGGGCGGUGUAGAGGGACGGUGGUGGUAGCAGGAAGCCCAGUGUGGGGCUACAUGUGUGUGGGGGAAUUAGGACAUUUAGCAGCAUUUAGCAGCAGCUGUGGGUGAAGGUGGCAGCAGGACCCCAAGACAGAUGCCCUCCAGAUGGUGGUUACUUUAAACACUGGUCCUGGAGAGGAUGUUCCAGAACUGGCUGACUCCGUGCAGAAGGCAUUAUCUUUGUGGGGAAAUUUGGAGGAACAGGGCAGCUAGGCAGGGUAGAAAUGGUCUGUUGUUUGGGGCGAGAGGUCCCAGGCUAAAAUGUCACCAGUAAAGGCAUCAAGGUGCCUGGGGCCAAAGUGCCUUAAUUCAGAGUGCUAGGUAUUCUGCAGGUGACAGCAUCCUGGGGAGAGAGGGGUGUAUUCGCAGUUAACCUUACAGAGGGGAGUAUGUGUAUGGUGUUUACAGAGUACAGAACUCUUGGCUUAGGCUUCUACAGCUCUGGAAGUGUCUAAGAAUAAAUACAAUCAUGCUAGUUGAGCUGUCCCUGUGUGGCAACAGGAUUUUAAAGCAAGGCCUAGACCACAGCCCUCUGCUUCUGAAAUGAAAAGCCCAACAGCCCCAGCUGUGGCCAUUCCUCCUAGGAUCUCCCUCUCCCUGCUAGUCCCAGUGGGCAUCAUUCUCAGGCCUGCAUCAUUGGAGGGAGCACACCUUUGUACAGCAUUUCUCUUUAGAUGGCGUUCCUUUUGGCAGACCCUUUGUUUUGCCAGGUCAUCUUUUGUUUUUUAGCUGAACAAAAUUUGGAGGCCAAGAAAACCCCAGAACAGAUUGGCCAGAACUUUUUUGGAGUUUCCUGGAUUUCCCUUGUGCAGGGGGUCUAGAAUGGGCAGCAGCACGGAAAGAUCCUUUUGUGCCAGUCUAAACCCUUACUCCCCAGGAAGGAGUGAACAGCCUGGGGCUCUGCUUAGUCUGGGGUGACAGGAUCUCAGACAGCUGUGCCACCUCCCUCAGAGGUGUAUCCAUGUCUAGAGGGUAGGCACAGGGCGAGCAGAUGUCCUGUAUACUUUCUGCCAUUUUAGAAAAUGUAGCUAGGUUUCUCUUCACAACACAAAUGGGGUCGCCCUGUCUCCGAAUCCCCAUAUGUGUAGUAACUGAACGUGUUCUAAAGAAGUGGCUAACA